AUGAACUUCCCAGCCAGAAGAACUGCCCCACUUAGUCUUCCACCGACUAAUGUGGGACCCAUUUCUAACCGUGCCAACGUUCUUCCUGCUCCCAACCUACCACCCAUCUUUCCGCAAAUGCAUCCUUACACCGUUUCAUACCCACCUCUUUCGCCGACUGAAUGCACACCACGGAACGUUCCGAUUGGGAUUCCAAUGUUUGGACCUGCAUUUGGUCCGCAUCCGCAGUCUGCUUUUGUUGGAGCGCCUGGCUUUCCGGUGCUGCAGGCCAAGGGCGCACCCCUGAAUGUUGUUUACCGCCGGCCUGGUGACGCUGCCGCCGCAUACUACACGUACUAUCCGCCCACCCCUGGCGCCACCCCUGGGUCCGCGCCAGCGCAGGCAGUGCAAGCAGCACGGGCGCCAGUUCCAACUCCAGCGCCAACAUCCGCACCUGCGCAGGCGCAAGCAAACGCCGGCGCGCAGCCACAGCAGCCCAACCAUACCCAGCGCAUUCCAGCGUAUGCGGGUCCUGGCUACUUCCGCUCCGCAGAUGCGCAAGCGUUCCCUGCGCAAGCGCCAUGGGUGGUGCCGCUGGCAACAGGCGGCAAGCCUGCGCACCAUCCGACGCACAGCUGCCCGCCUUCGCUAGGUAGCGCAACACCGCCAUCUUCGGCGCAACCCGUGCGCGGCUUCGUGGAGGUCAAGCCUUUCCAGCGCACCCAUCUUAAAAUCAAAGCAAAGAAGCUUUUCCGGUGCGAUCACUGCGGAAAGGAGUACACAAGAAGACACAAUAUGUUAGUUCACAAGCUCUCGGCGCACUCUGAUGAGAAGCGCUUCGAAUGCAAUGUGUGCCACUCGAGAUUUAAGAGAAAGUCUGACUACAUUAGACACAACAAGGAGCAGCAUACAAACAGUGUGAAGCGCUUUGUGUGCGCAGGCGAACUUGUGGACGGUACAAAAUGGGGUUGCGGAAAGCGUUUUUUCCGCAAGGACCAGCUUAAAAAGCACCUCAACGCCAACAGAGCCCAGUACACGUGUCUCAAAAAUGUUCCCAACGGUAAGCCUGCCUCUAUAGAUGGAAUAACUGUUACUAAGGCUUCUUCUUCCGCCGCUGGCCAUCCUGCGCACGCCGCUGAGGCGCAACCCGCAGCGCUCACCGAGGUGCCGUUGUCCGCGUGA